AUGGCGGCUAGGUAUAGAGAUGUCGGUGCAAAAGUGUAUAUUGGUGAUCUGCCCAGAGAAGCCUCUGAAAGAGAGCUAGAACGUAUAUUUCGAGAAUAUGGGAGGUUGCGUAAUGUUUGGGUUGCAAGAAAUCCCCCUGGCUUUGCAUUUGUUGAGUUCGAAGAUGCUGCAGACGCAAGUGAUGCUGUUCGCGAGCUCGAUGGGACAGUUAUGUGUGGCGUCCGUGCGAGAGUUGAACUGAGCACUGGGAAGUCACGACAGAAGCCCUGGGUACGUGGUGGUGGGGGCGGUGCGCGCAAUGGCGGAGGCCGUGACAAUGGAUUUGGUCCUCGAAGAUUGAAACCGUUUGAUCCUGCAGACAGAUGUUACGAAUGUGGCGAACGCGGACAUUAUGCUUACGACUGUCGUCGCCGAGGUGGUGGGCCAGGAGGUCAGAACGGUCGGGGAAGGCCUGAUGGCCGAAGAAGGUCGAGGUCCUUCUCGGAUCAUAGAAGUUUUUCACGAAGCCGGAGUCGUUAA